AGAAACGAGGAUGAGAGAUAGCAGCAUUGCAGCGAGAGCGAGCGCCCUGCCCGCCUUUGCAACGAGUGUUUACUCCACUUUUCCUGAGAGCCGGUUAUCUUCCCUCUGCGUGAGUCAUGGAAGUGAUUUACUGUAGGCUGUGUUACUGUUGGGAUUAGGUCUGCCCCAUGCCAGCCCAGAGAGCGAAAACAAGAGACAAACAGUACACAACCUGACCGCAUCAGCAGACAGUGAGAGACGUGAUCAUGAGGGUAAUGUGGAAGUCCGUGGACAAGAUGAGGUGCUUCAGAAAACGAUCCAUCUUCCCUUUCCUCGGCUUUCUCAUCACCUUUCUGCUCUUUUUCAACCUUUAUAUGGAUGAUGGAUAUGUGCUGGAGGCUGAAAAAAGACAGCUAGGAGAGACGCUGAUCCAUCCUCCAAACUCUGAAAGAUAUGUGCACACAUUCAGAGACUUGUCCAAUUUCUCUGGGACCAUUAACGUGACGUACCGCUACCUUGCAGGACUUCCUUUGCCACGUAAAAAGUAUCUGACCAUUGGCUUGUCAUCUGUCAAGAGGAAAAAGGGAAACUACCUCCUGGAGACGAUCAAAUCCAUAUUUGAUCAGUCCAGUUAUGAGGAGCUGAAAGAGAUUGUAGUUGUAGUCCACCUGGCGGACUUUGACCUGGUCUGGUGUGAGAACCUGGUGCAGGAAAUCACCAGGAAGUUUGCUCACCACAUCAUAGCUGGACGUCUCUUGGUAAUCCAAGCUCCAGAGGAGUACUAUCCAUCUCUGGACGGGCUGAAAAGGAACUACAACGACCCGGAGGACAGGGUCCGUUUCCGCUCCAAGCAGAACGUGGACUACGCUUUCCUCCUCAACUUCUGCACAAACCUCUCUCACUUCUACAUGAUGUUAGAGGAUGAUGUGCGCUGCUCCAGGAACUUCCUGACAUCACUGAAGAAGGUGAUCACUUCCAGAGAAGGUUCUUACUGGGUGAUGUUGGAAUUCUCCAAGCUGGGCUACAUCGGGAAGCUGUAUCACUCCAGAGACCUGCCACGCCUGGCUCAUUUCCUCCUCAUGUUCUACCAGGAAAUGCCCUGCGACUGGCUCCUCAUCCACUUCCGAGGUCUCCUGGCACAGAAGGACGUGAUCCGCUUCAAGCCUUCACUGUUCCAGCACAUGGGCUACUAUUCCUCCUAUAAAGGUGCAGAGAACAAGCUGAAGGAUGAUGACUUUGAGGAAGACUCCAUAGACAUUCCUGACAACCCCCCUGCCAGCCUUUACACAAACAUCAAUGUCUUUGAAAGCUAUGACGCCACAAAGGCUUACAGUAGUAUCAUUGAUGAGUAUUUUUGGGGGAAACCUCCAUGCACCGGAGACUUCUUUAUCAUUAUCUUUAAUAAACCAACGAAAAUCAGCAGGAUUAAAAUCCUGACAGGCACAGAGGACAGACAAAAUGACAUUCUUCACCACGGAGCUCUGGAAGUAGGCCAGAAGUCUGUGGAAACUAAACAGGGCAGACAGUGCACAUCCUACAUCACACUGGGGGAGUUUAAAGUUGGAAACAUUGAGAUUAAUAAUGUGGACCACAAGAUAGGCUUUGAUAUUGAAUGCGUGCGAAUUGUCAUCACUGCCAGCCAGAAAGAAUGGCUCAUCAUAAGAAGUGUCAGUUUAUGGACCGCACAGCCUGUUACUCAGUUAUAGAAAAAACUUUUUAAAUGAUUCUUUGUUCGUAGUGAUUUUGGAUGCAGUUGUGAGUUCAGUUUGGACUUCUACUGUUUGCUGAAUUCAAAAUCAAUACACGUUUUCUUGGGUUGGCCUGAGAUCUGCUGCGUGUUUUCAUUGUGAUGUAUUAAA